AUGGCGACGUCGAUGCACCUGUCCCGACUCCGAAAAUGGAUCCUUGCAUCUCCGCCAAUCGAGUUCGCCUUAUCGAAACUCCGAGAGCUACUGGUUGGAGCGCUCAGGCAAGGACCGGUUCCACAGCAUGUCGCUUUCGUGAUGGAUGGAAAUCGAAGGUUUGCCCGGACGCAUGGGAUUGAAACUGUCGAGGGACACAACUUGGGGUUUGAAGCAUUGGCGAGGAUCCUCGAAGUUUGCUACCGGAGUGGAGUGAAGGCGGUCACGAUCUAUGCUUUCAGCAUCGAGAACUUUAAACGCUCAAAAUUCGAGGUGGACGCUCUGAUGGAAAUGGCCCGAGUAAAGCUGUCGCAGAUGGCCCAACAUGGCGAAAUCCUUGAUCGCUACGGUGCCAAGGUUCGCAUCUUGGGUCGACUGGACUUACUCCGACCGGAUGUGCUUGCUGCGGUGAAUAAGGCGGUCGAGAUGACAAGUAACAACGGCGACCGGAUUUUGAACAUUUGCUUCCCCUAUACAUCUCGUGAUGAAAUCACUGGUGCAGUCCGGGAUACGGUCGCCGAAUAUAGCCGGCCGCUGGAUCCGACUCACUCGGCAUCCGCUGGCCAGCGGACCCCAUUCUCGGAGACUCACAUCGCGUUGAAUAUCCGGGCACAGAAUAGCAAAUCAGAGGAUAGCGACAUUGACUCGUCGUCAGAAUCGCUGUCUCAGGGAGAAGAUGGGGCCCCUAAACAGGAUCGUUUGAACAAGGUCUACGAAUCGGGCUCGUCUUUCUCCUCCUCUACAACCCUACACCUGGGUAGUCAUCAAGACGGAACAAAUGGCAAGCCCGCCACAUCGGGGACAGACCGUCCCGUCUUCAAGUCCCCGGAGACCAUCACACGACAAACGCUAGCCGACCAUCUCUUUACGAAAGAUAGCCCUCCCCUUGACCUGCUAAUUCGUACGUCUGGCGUGGAGCGUCUCAGCGACUUCAUGCUAUGGCAAUGCCACGAAAAUACCGAGAUUGUCUUCCUCGAUGUCCUGUGGCCGGAAUUCGAUUUAUGGCAAUUUCUUCCGGUCCUAUUAGGGUGGCAACGGCGGAUUUCCAAGUCGCGCAAGAAUCCAGAGGCAGAAGGGAAUUUUGAUGGUGAAUCUUCCGAAUCUCCGGAAGAAGAGUCGGACGCUGUUGAGAAGGUCAAGAGCCUGUAG